CUCUCUCUUCUCUUCAGACAUCCACGCAACCAUGUCGUGAUGCUCGCUGCUCUUUUACAGCCCACUCUCUUUUAAAGUUUCUCCAGCGCCAGCGCCAGCGCCAGCGCCACCUCCACAUACCACAUCACCACCCGUAAUCGUACCUGUCAAAGAUAGUUCGAUACCACAACAAUGCCCCGCCUCGUCCGCCGCGCACCGCUCUCUGAACGCAUAAAAGCCUACAUAGACCCUUCGGACUGGCUGAUCUGGAUCUCCGAGGAGCUCAACAGCUCUGACUGGGACGAGUUUGCCUCAUCUUACGGACUCUACAUUGGGUUCAGCACAAACCUGCUCUUUAUUAUCGCCCAAGCAAACAGCGGCGCAUCGACGAGCUACAAUGACAGCGAUGGUGUCUUCACUGAGGUGUCGGGCCCGGGAUGGAUAAAAUGGAUGAUGAAUCUACUGGUGUUAAUACUUGGUGGUGCGAGUCUAGGAAAUGCGUGGCUGGUGUGGGGGAAGAGGAGGUACUACCGCCUCUUUGAGCAGAGCGUUGAGGUCGCCCCCCAGACACCGAGUGCAAAGCGGGUGCGCGUUGAUUCAUCGCCUGCUGGGGCAUCUCCGUUGAGCUUCAUCAAGAAUGUCAUGAACAAUUCUGCAGCGUCGAGGGCACAUCCAGAUGCUGAGCGCGAUGUCUGGGAGAUCGCCAUCUGGGAUCCAAAUCCGCUCUGCUUGGAGCUAUUCUGUCUAUUCAGCCCGCUGCAUGUUGUGCUGUACUACUUCAAUCUCCCUGUCGCGCCGCUGGAUCCAAGGCCAAGUGUAAGAGUUACUACGACCAUCUUCAUUGGGGCUAUUCUUUCGUUACAACUUUGGUGGCUACGGAAGUCAUUUACACAGCAAGCCAAGGACAACGCCAUCAUCAGCCGCGGAGUGCUUCAUGAAUACGACAAUAAGUUCGUACAUCCUGCGCUCCAGAAACCAUGUCGAGAUGUGGGCAUCCAAACCAUCUCCAGGAAGCGCAAUCGAGACUCAAGUGUCGGUGUCCGGGGUAACAGCGAUGAUCUGGCCAGCGACGUGGUCACGUACACGCCAACAACGGUCAUCAACCGGACAUUCCGCACCAACCCAAACGCCAACUACGCGUCACAGUAUGACCCGGACAACCUGGCUUCGACGUCCGUUUCGCGGUCCUCACAGCAUACGCCUUCCCUCCGUCCUGGAUAUCAUGGUACAUCAUCAUACACAAGCACGUCAACUGCUACAGGUGGAGACUUUUCUUCUCCCAUCCGGCCCUCCCACACACCAAACCCCUUCCGCCAAGCACCGCCGAUCCCACGCACCAGCGAUGGCGGCUACCUAGGCGUAAAAACGCACGCAGCGUCACCGCUGCGCAAAUCAUCUAGCACAAGCUUCAUCCGCGACAGUAAUCGUAGCAGUGGCAGUGGUAGUGGGAUGGGCGGAACUCGUUUUGACGCGUAUGGCCAACCGAUGGAUGCAAGUGAUGCAAGAGGAAGAGAUAGCCUCGGUGGUGCGGGUGAACGCCGGCAAGCUAGUCCUAGCAAACGCGAGGGCAGUCCGCUCAAGCGCAUGAGUAUGCCGAACGGUGAGAGGCAGAAUGGCGAGAGGCCGUUUGGGCAGGCGGAGAGGUUUGGUAGGACUUCUGGGUAUGGGGGACUUGGCGUCGGGCGAAGGGAGAGCGGACGCUUUUGAUAUGCUGCGAUACUAAAGAGAAGGAAUGAAGAGUCGUGUUCGUGCUGUAAAGGUGACGAGUACACCACGCCUAUGUACAUUUUUUACUUCACAAUACCCCAAUGCAUGUCACUAUUGUGGCAAUUUUCCUUACUGGACUAUUCGCCCGACUCAUCUAUUACUCCCGUUGCUUGUUUCUAUCCCAUCAAAUAUCGAAGUAUCUUUAUGCCUUAUCAUAUACUCAUCCCCGGGUUCUGCAUAGCCAUGAAGUAGUAGAACAAACGUAGAAUCAUGAAUCGCGAGAAAGAUUGUGCGGAUGAAUUCUGCUCGCUCGC